AACUUUUUCACAAUAACCUGAGCUCUCUCCAAGUUUCAGUAACGAAAAUGGUCGUCUUCGACGGUCACGAGCACUUGACCGAAGAGGAAAGGAGGUUAAAGGAAGAUCGCGAGCGCACAAAGCAUUGGAAGAAAUGGGGCCCCUACGUUGCGGAGAGGCAAUGGGCGACAACUCGGGAAGAUUACUCGACUGAUGGCAAGCCCUGGACUUAUUUUAGCCAUGAGCAUGCUCGCAAACGAGCCUACCGAUGGGGAGAAGACGGCAUCGCAGGUGUCUGCGAUUCAAAAGGCCACCUUAACAUCACAUUCAGUUUCUGGAACGGGAAAGACAACAUCCUCAAGGAACGUCUUUUCGGAACAUCGAGUGAAGAAGGAAAUCAUGGCGAGUCAGUCAAGGAAUCUCACUUCCAUCUGGACAAUGUUCCUACCCAUUCGUACAUGAAGUAUCUCUACAAGUACCCGCAGGCAGCGUUUCCAUACCAGAAACUUCAGGAGGAUUGCAAAAAGCCAAAGGAAGCACAGGAGUAUUCCUUGUUCGAUACCGGCGUAUUCGAGAACAACGCUUACUGGGACAUUUUUAUCGAGUUCGCCAAAAGUGCCGACGAUCCAGACGAGCUCCAUUUCCGUGUCACCGCUUGGAACCGCAGCAGUGAGCACGCACCGCUUCAUAUCAUUCCCCAAGCGUGGUUCCGCAAUACGUGGGCGUGGAGACAAGAAACCCUUUCCACGGGUGAAAAGCCGGCCAUCGAAAAGAGCGGCGACAACACUGCCCGUGUCCGUCACAGAUCACUCGGCGAGCGAUACUUGACUCUAUCUCCAUCCCCAGGUGUGGGGUCUAGUGGAGAGGACGUGCUACCGCAAAUGUUGUUUACGGAGAAUGAGACGAAUCUUGAUGCACUCGGGCUCGGAACUAACAAAGGGCCGUAUGUGAAAGACGCCUUUCACAGGCGUAUUGUCAACAACGAUCUCAAAGCUGUUAACCCGGGUCAAACGGGAACUAAAUUUGCCGCUUGGUAUACCUUUGACGAAGACGGGGGCGUCCCCCCCGGAGAAUGCGCGGUUGUCCGGUUCAAACUAAUGCGCCAGAAUGAAGAAUACUUAGACGAGGAAUUGUUAGAUGACGUUGUAGAGCAACGGCAGGCUGAGGCUGACGAGUUUUACUACCGUAUUAGCCCGCUACCGAUGGCGGAGGAUCUUCGUAACAUCCAGCGUCAAGCUUUCGCCGGCCUCCUUUGGUGCAAGCAAUACUACAACUUCAACUGGGAGCAGUGGCUGAAAGGAGAUCCAACAUCGCCAAGCUUCGUUCGGAAGGACAUGCGAAACAAGCAGGGGAAGCACAUUCACUGGGACCAUGUCUUGUCAGUGAGGGACUCUUGGGAAUACCCCUUCACCAACCCCUGGGACUCGGCAUUUGACUGUGUUGUUAUGGCGAUGAUGGAUCCAGAUUUUGCAAAAUACCAGCUAGAUCUACUGACGAGGGAAAACUACAUGCAGCCGAGCGGGCAAAUUCCUUCCAACGACCACAACUUUGACGAGGUAGACCCGCCCGUACUCGCAUGGGCUGUGUUCCGCAUCUUCAAAAUCGAGCGGAAGAUGUACGGCCGCCAGGACUUAGACUUCCUCGAGAGCUUGUUCCAGAAGCUAAUGCUUAACUUCACCUGGUGGGUAAACAGGAAGGACACUGAAGGGAAGAAUAUCUUUGAGGGCGGCUACCUUGGACUGGAUAACAUCGGUCCAUUCAAUCGAUCCGCUCCUUUACCAACCGGCGGAGUUGGCGUCUUGGAGCAAGCAGACAGCACAGCCUGGAUGGCCUUCUACUGUCUGACGAUGCUAAAUAUUGCUCUGGAGCUCGCCAAGCACCGUCGGGUGUAUGAGCGACUUGCCGCCAAAUUCUUUGAGCACUUCAUCCUCAUCAGCGAUGCCAUGAGAAAUCUCUGGAACGACGAGGACGGGUUCUACUACGAUGCAAUCUCCUGGGGCGGUCGCUGGAAUCGCCAGCUGCGUGUCAGGUCCUUGGUCGGCAUCAUACCUCUUUUCGCGACGUUGACGAUGGAGCCCGAGAUGCUGAACCAAUUCCCCUGGUUCAAGAAACGAGUAGAUUGGUUCAUAGAAAACCGUCUUGAUCUCGCCGAGCGAAACAUUGCCAGCAUGAAGAAGCGCGGAAAAGGAAACCGGCUUCUUUGCGCACUGGUUAGCCGUGAGCGCCUGGAACGCAUUCUCAAGAGGCUUCUGGAUGAAGACGAGUUCUUCUCGGAGUAUGGGAUUCGCUCACUUUCUAAACAUCACAGUGCGCAUCCGUACUGCGUGACCUCCCAUGGGAAGCAGUUCGAAGUCGCCUACCAACCCGGCGAGUCCGAUGGCAACACCAACUGGCGGGGCCCGAUUUGGAUGACGGUCAACUUUCUGCUUAUCGAAUCCUUGCAGCGUUUCUACUUAUUUUACAGUGACCAGUUCCAGGUUGAAUGUCCGACCGGAUCGGGAGAUCAUAUGCACUUAGGUCAUGUCGCCGAAGAGCUGCAACAUCGACUGCAGCAUCUGUUCGCGAGAACAGACGAGGGUAGACGCACAAUCAACGCUGGAAACGAUAUGCUGGACUUUGAUGAACACUGGAAGGACCAGGUCGUCUUUCACGAGCACUUCGAUGGCGAUACGGGCCGUGGACUAGGAGCUAGCCAUCAUUGUGGGUCGUCGAGCCUGAUUGCCAAGAUGAUCCACGACACAGGAGUAACGUGCCGGCUCCCCCAUACUCCACGAACCCCAAGUGUAGGACUCGCGCUCUAUUUCGACGACAUAUUCGCGAGAUCUGGGUCGUCCUCGCGGAGCAUUACCGCUCGGGCCCUCGGGGACGAGGAGAAACCCGACGGUGGGGACGGGCAAGAAACCGACGCAGAAAGGGCUGAAGCUGACGCUCACAUUAUCAAAUUCGUUUCUGAGAAACUCGAGAAAGUCAAGAUCGGUGACCCUUCGGAGGACCUCGAGGAUGAGAUUGAGACUUAGGGCGGUGAAUUCUUUUCUAUGGGGGUUACAUUCAGCUGAUACCUGGUGAAUUCUUGUCUAUUUUCUACAUCUUUAAAUACGCCCGGUUGUGUCUCAUUGGCAUCGUAAUUCUUCCCUUGGGCCAUAGCUACUUCUUCUGCUGUAACCACCUCGCGGAGUAUUUGUUUAAAG